AUGAAAAUCGUCGUGCUCAGGCUCAAGCGGAUUCACAGACCUCUGGCCAUUGUUCGCAACCAUUAUUCCCCUGCGUUCCCCACCAUUUCAAUGAGUCCUGCAAAGCCUCACAAGAAUCCUCAAGAAAUCACGUCAAACGACUCUCAAGAGAACUCUCAGAGCUCUUCGCGAGCUGUAGCCACUACUCUCCUUGCGCUGUCACACAUCCCUGCUCCUACUCUACCGAUCACCGAUUUGCAAGCUUAUGUCGGUGCUUUGCCUCAUCAUUCAUCUCCAACACAGUCUCCAGUCGUAACUCCUACCCCUUCGCGACUCGUUCAAUCUGUCGUUUCUGCCCUAGAUCAAAAGAGUCAGUCAAUGGCUUCACCUGCCUUACAAACCCCUCCAGAUUCUUCAAUGCAAUCAAGCGUGGGUGCGACUGUUGGCAUGAAACGCAAAGCCAAAGAAUCUGAGGAGAUUCCGAACAAGCUACCACGUCGCGAGGGAAAACGCUCUGGUUCGCAACACAUUUCUAGUAUCCCGGAGCCAGUACGUCAAGCAAGUACCGAGAUUACUGGCGUUCUCGGACAAAAUCCUCGAUUCGGAGCAUCUUUGUCACGAACUAUGUCUUCUUCCGCUCAGUCUGGCCCUUCAUUGGAGAAUACUGCUACCUCUCACGGUGUCUCAAAGCUGAAUCCUGGAGCCUGGCUGAAGAAAAUCAGAGGUGAUAGUGACAAUCUGUCAAAAUCUGAUGCAAGACCACCCGUGCGUCCUGUUCCCGGGGGAACCUCAAGUCAGGAUCCCCAUCUGAAAGAGUCCCUGUCCCUUGAGCAACCUCGUGGGUCUCCACCUCCAUCCACCGUCCCGGAAGUACCACAGCAAUCUACUUCAUCCUCCUCCCCUUCUCUCGGUCAACUGUAUCAGAAGCCGUUUGCCCCUUCUUUAACCUCUCCUUUGGAUGAUAUUUCUCCUUUCAUUGUUCGACAACCUGUGAACCUUGAGGAGAUAGCAACUUGCUUCGAUCUGGUCAAACAUUUCGGUGAAACGGAGACUGUCCUUGAAAAGGCCUUUUCUCAAACGGUCAGAUCUCAUAUCUCACGAAUGUUCGAUGAAUUCCGUCAAACAACCAGCAACCAUCGGAGACAUCUCACGGAGGGGUUGACCACCGCGACUGAAGGAGUGUUAGCGUUACAAAAUCGUUACGACACAGCCAUUGGCACUGAGGAUGGUCUGAGAGCUGAGCUGGCAACUGUCAGACAGCAUCUUGUCUCAAUGGGACAGCUAUACCGUACUCAGGUUGAUGCCAACGAAGGUCUCAAAAAAGCGAUUGAAGAUAUCAAACAAGAGUCAAGUGCUUUGAAUGAUUCGCAAAAGGUUCAAAUAAAUACUCUCAAUGGCCAAGUCAGUGUCCUGAGUGAACGUUGGGCUACAGCUGUGAAAGAUAGAGAAAGAAUGAGAAAAGAAGCUGCUGAGAGCCAAAGUAAGAUCAAAGAGUUGGAAAUGGAAGUUGAGGAGGUAAAAGAGAGUCUAUCAGAGGCUGCUGGUGUGGUACAUCAGGCGGUAGAAGAGAAAAAACAACUGGCUGAAGAGCUUGUGGAGGUUCGCAGGGAGUACGAGGCAAAACUUGAAGCCACCCAAGAGCUUGUGGAGGUUCGCAGGGAGUACAAGACGAAACUUGAAGCCGCCGAAGACGAUGCCGAGGACUGGGCGAAGGUUGCACGCAAGUCGGACAGGAAAGCGCAGGAGGCGCAGGAGGCUUGCGACAGAUAUCAGGCCUAUUAUAAGGCUAUUAAGAAGGAGUUAACAAGGGUGCAAAGGGCUAACGGUCUGCCUGGUACUGUGAUGGAAAUCGGUGACAAUGGUAGAGCUACGUUUACCGACCGCACAAGGGUAAGUAGCAAAUCUCCUGAUCUCUCAGAAGGAGAAAACCUGGGUGACAUGGCCGGGCUGAAGAUGGGGAGUGAUGAUCCGCAAGACGAAGAAGAAGAAGCUUCUGAUGCUGUUUCAAGUCAGUCUGCACCUGGCUCGAGGAUCGAACAGUCUGGUGGUGAACCUUUGGCGAGCAUCCAUGAUGGUCCUGAAGCUAUCAGUGUGAAGGAGGCAGAGGAAUCUGUGUAA